AUGUUUGGUAUGCAUAUAACUGGCGAUGUUGUCCGUAUUGCACCAAACGAACUUGUCUUUCUCACGCCACAGGCAGGAAGAGAUAUUCACGCAACGCAUGUCAAAAAUCUUGAAACAUUCGUGAAAACAGACUUCGAAGAUCUUGGAGAGGACGGUGGAAUUUCGUUCGAGAUUGAUCCGGUCAAGCAUCGCGAGGUAGCGAAAAAACUUGCUCCCGCCUUUAGCACGAGAAAUACAAAGGCUAAGGAAGCGGUUCUGCAUAAAUAUGUUGACUCGUUUGUUGAAAAGAUGAAAACCAUUGGAGGGAAGAAGGAAAUUGAGCUGCGCCAGUGGGCAGACUGGUUAACUAUGGAUAUCUCUGCAGAUAUGACAUACAAUCGCCAAAUGAACCAGAUGAAAGAUGAAAAAAGCUCUCUUCUAUUGGAUGCCGUAAUUAAAGUCAAUCUGUUCUUGACGAUCCAGGCAGUAUCCAAAAAGUUUCCUCUACUCAGUCCGCUUAUGUACUUAUUCAUUCCCCCGUCUGUCUGGCUCACUAUGCCACGGGUCUUGAAAAUCAACAGCCAAGAGGUCCAGUCACGUAUCGAACGCAAAGGGCAAACGGAACAUCUAGAUUACUUCGACCAACUCAUUCCUGGAGAUGCUUCCGCUCCCAAAGACAAGAAGCAAAUCAAUCACUUGGAGCAAAUAGCAGGCCAAAUGCUAGUGGCAGGCUAG